CUAAUAGCGGACAUAGUUAGGCCCAUUUGUAUUAAACCUUAUUAUAUUAUUAGUAUAAAUAUGACGUGAGGGCUACCGGUGAGGUAAGCCAUUAUUCUCCACUUUUAUUAUUUCACAUGGUAUCAGUCGCAUAGGUCUCUCAACCCUACUUCCUAAUGUCGACCGUCUCAUCUACGUCGAUCACGGCGCCCAACGUUUCGGUGCAGCCGCAAACUCAGACGCCUUCUUCAACGAUGAUGCCUCCAAUUUCGGCGCCCACUUCACCGAUGGUGCUGCCCACAUCCUCAGGCGUGACACUUUCUCCACAAUUAUCAGCAUCUCGGCUUCAGCUUCCGCCGCUGCCUUCGCUUAACUUAUUCAACAUGCCGGAGCCUUUUUCAUGGACCCCAACAGUAACGCUGCCGCCGCCUCCCAUUCACGCUAGGACACCAUCAGGGCCGGUCCUGACCAUUUCUGGGCCUAUGGGCGGUACGCUAUUCUGGGCCUAUGACCGUAUACUUAUUUGAAAUAAGAAUUAUAAUAAAAAUGUACAAUGAAGUUCAUAAAAUAAAGUCAAAAAUCACUUUAUUAUUAUUAUUAUUAUUAUUAUUAUUAUUAUUUAAGUUACAUAUUUGGGCAAAAGUAACAACACAAGUAUCGGAUAAAAAGAAAAAACAUCAGUAAAAAACAUUUCUCGUAGAACAAUAUGAAGCAAAUAAUCAAUAAUAGCUUCAUAGGCGACCUUCUUUCUAUUAAUACAUGACAAACAAUAAAAUUGCCACAUAUAACAACACUAAACUUUUUUUUGAAAGGAAAUAUGAAAAAAAUGUCACUACAUAUUGAAUUCAUAAGUUGAGAAUGAUUUAUUGACCGUUGAUGGGAGUCUAAAGUUUGAAGUCUCAAAAGAAUGAAGGGUUUCAAAGAGACAAAAUGUAUAGCCGCCAAGAACACUCUCGCAAGAAGACUGCCAAUUUGACGUCCUCUAAACUACUAUUAGGAACUCAGAUAUAUAUAGUUUAUUGAAAUUUGGAAACAAAUAAAUAAUGGGGAUGAGAUUUGAGAGAGAUGGGCUCUAAAAUAAUUAUAUAAAUUUGUUAUGUUAUAAUUAAAUGAAUAAAAAGCCUUAAAGGCUAAAGAGAUGUAAAGAUUACAACAGAUCCUACUUAAAAUUAAUGUAUAUAUUCUUUUUUUGAUGGAGCAACAAUUGUAUUUCUUUUAAAAACUACAACUGAUCCUUCUUAAUAUUAAUGUACAUAUUCUUUUUUUAAACUUGGCUCUGUUUAAAAAUUUUUAUUUACAUUUUAAAUUUUCAAAUUGCCAAUAAAAUUAAACAUUAGGCCUAAUUAACUGACCUUAAGAAUUAAAAAAGAAGCCUACUAACACUAUACAUAAAGAAAAAAAAUUGGGCCUAUUAUUUCUUCUAUUUUUUGCUGGGCCUAGGGCGGUCGCCCCUUUUGCCCUCCCCCCAGAACCGGCCCUGGACACCAUCUCCGGCUCGGGCCUCUUCCUCUUCCUCUUCUCUGCCAGCGUUUUCAGGCCCUACAUGGGCUGGUAAUCCAGCCGUUAAUGCUCUCCAGCCACAAUCAAUCACUCGGCCAGACCCUGCUACGGUAAUUGUUUCACCUUUGGCUAGUUUAGCAUCUCAGUUGUCAUUCUCUACACCUAAUGUUACCAACAUAGUCACUACUCGACUAGCCAAGGUUGAGGAUUAUCUUCCGUGGCGUACACAAUUUGAAUCAUUCUUAGUUUCACAUGCAUUAUUGGGAAUUUUAGAUGGCUCUAUAACAGCCCCAACUGCCUCUGUUUUGGACCCCACUGGUCGUGACAUUCCCAAUCCCGAAUAUAGUGCGUGGCUAAGAAUUGAUCAAACUGUCCGCUCCUGGCUAUUUGCUACUCUAUCCCGAGAUAUGUUGGUUGAGGUUCAUGAUAUUCGUUAUUCCGCUUUAAUUUGGGAACGGUUGGAAACCCGUUUUAUGGCAGAGAGCAUUGCCCGCUCCAUUGAACUAAAACGAAUGUUAAACACACUUAAGAAAAAGGAGUCUCAAUCAAUGGAUGACUAUCUCCACGAAAUUAAAAAUUUAGCCGAUUCCCUAGCAUGCAUAAAUUCAGCAGUUAGCAACCGGGAACUCCUCACAGCCACUGUUCAGGGCCUUGGAAAGGAAUAUGAGUCCCUUAUUACCACCAUUACACUCUUCCCGGAUAGUUUUACCGUGGACAGUCUUCGCCCACAAUUGCUAGCGUUGGAGCAGCGUGCUCUCUAUCUCCGAUCCCAAAAUAUACACCCUGGGCAUCAAGCUUUUGCAGCAACUGAUCCAGCCGUAGGACCACGUCCCGCCGGUCGAGGGGGUGAGCAAAACAGGGGAUACGGAGGUCGUGGCUUUCGGGGUGGCAGACCGCGUGGAAAUCGCGGCAGAGGUCGUGGAUAUGGCGGGCAGCAGCAAGGUCGUGGAGGAUAUGGUGGACCGCAGCAGGCCUUUGCUCCUCCACCUGGGUAUUACGGCUGGCAGAUGCCUCCUCCAGCGCCCCAACAACCCUUUCCUCCUCGUGGACAGUCUCAUAAUGGGUUUCCAGGUACGGUUUUAAGUAAUACUUGUCGUGUUAUGGCCAAUACUUAUGCUUUAUCAUCUUGUGUUACUAACCACACUUUUUCAGGAUUUCCUUCAGUUGAGAAUUCCUUUCAGAGUCCCCCUCCACCUGUUGUCUGUCAGAUUUGUUUUUCUCCAGGUCACUCAGCACUGUCAUGCUCCCGUUUUGUUAACCAAAAUACUCCAGCUCUGGCGGCUCUCCCGACGGGUGAAUCAAACGACUCUGUAUGGUAUCCUGAUUCAGGAGCUUCGGCUCAUAUGACUCCCUCAGAAGGACAACCACACGGGAGCCAUCCUCCUCCAGGCCUCUCAUAAAGACCGUGUUUAUCCCCUCAAAGCCGCUCACCAGCCAGCCCUUCCGAUUGCUCUCAAGUCUACACUUGUUCCUGGUCCAGUCUGGCACCAAAGACUUGGUCAUUGUGGGGAUCGCAUUUUAUCUGUUCUUAGGAAAAAUAAUUUAAUUACUAGUUCAACUUUAUUUUCUCAUGACUGUGUUUCGUGUAAACUGGGCAAGUCCCAUCGUCUUCCCUUUUCAGAUGUUAUUCAUGACUCUAGUACUCCUUUGCAACUUAUUCAUUCAGAUGUGUGGCAAUCACCUGUGUCUUCUAAUUUAGGUUUUAAAUAUUAUGUUUCUUUUAUUGAUGAUUUUUCUCGUUUCACGUGGAUUUAUCCAAUGCAUAGAAAAUCUUAAGUCUUUACUCAUUUUUGUAAUUUUCAAAACUUAGUUGAAAAUUUGUUUAACUGUAAAAUUAAAUGUUUUCAGAGUGAUGGAGGUGGUGAAUUUGUAAAUUCCUCUUUUCAUGCACAUUUUCACAAUUGUGGUAUUUUAUUUAGAAAAUCUUGUCCGGAUACUCCUGCUCAGAACGGUGUGGCCGAACGUAAGCAUCGUCACUUGCUUGAAUUAGCUCGGACCAUGUUAAUUACUGCCCAUCUUCCUACCUCCUUUUGGGUAGAUGCUUUAUAUACAGCUACUUACAUUAUUAAUCGGCUACCCACACCUGUUUUGGGUAAUGUGUCUCCGUUCGAGAAACUUUUUCUUAAACCUCCAGAAUAUAGUUUUUUACGUGUGUUUGGUUGUGCAUGUUUUCCUAACAUAGUUGCUACGUCGUCAAAUAAACUUUCCCCACGUUCCAUACUUUGUGUCUUUCUGGGUUACGCACCGGGCUACAAGGGAUACCGUUGUCUCGAUCCUAAGACUGGAAGAGUCUAUAUAAGCAGGGAUGUCAUUUUUCUUGAAACCAAUUUCCCCUACCCUAACUUAAUUUCUCAGCCAACCACCAGCAGUUCCUUAAUCUCUUCCUGGUCCCCCACACAUACUUCGGAUCACUUACCACUACCCCCUGCUUCGUCCCACAAUAAUUCCCACUCCACCAGUAUAUUACCUUCUCAAAUCAUUCCCUACACACCCAGUACCGCACCAGCAUCUCCCCAACCGUCUAUUCCUUCGUCUUUAUCCAGCCCGGCCACCAUACCCUCACCCUCUAGCAGCCCACGACCAUCAACCCCGGCAUACAGUCCGCCCCCAUCUCCUUCCCCGUCUUCCUCCACGGCUAGCCCCACUUCCAAUUCGCCUCCUACACCACCACCCUCCCCUCCGAUGGCUCCUAAUGUUCACCCAAUGCGCACGAGGGCUAAAGAUGGCAUUUUUAAACCUAAAACAAUUUUUACCUUGAACACUUUAGCUCUCCCAACUGAUCCUACAUGUUUUUCUCAAGCAAACAAAAGUUUAGUUUGGCGGGCAGCCAUGGCCGAUGAAUUUAACGCUCUUAUUGCUAAUAACACUUGGGAUUUAGUACCUAGUGACAAGACUAAAAAUGUGGUAGGUUGUAAAUGGAUUUAUAAGACAAAAUAUUUAUCUGAUGGUUCUAUAGAGCGCCAUAAGGCUUGUUUGGUCGCUCAGGGUUUUAAUCAACAGGCUGGAAUAGACUUCUCUGAAACAUUUAGUCCUGUUGUCAAACCAACCACUGUGCGUUUAGUUCUCUCUGUUGCUAUUUCUUUGGGGUGGACAGUGCGUCAAUUAGAUGUCAAAAAUGCCUUUCUUCAUGGUCACCUUACCGAGGAAGUCUAUAUGCGUCAACCACCUGGUUUCGUCCAUCCUCAGUUUCCCACUCAUAUUUGCCGUCUCCGUAAGGCACUUUAUGGUCUGAAACAAGCACCUAGAGCAUGGUUUCACCGGUUUAGUGGCUUCUUAUUAUCCCGAGGUUUUUCCCAGAGCCGAUCUGAUUCAUCAAUGUUUGUUUUUAGGUCCCCGUCCGAGACUAUUUACAUCUUAUUAUAUGUUGAUGACAUACUUAUCACUGGUAGUUCUCCCUCUCUGGUCAGUCAGAUCAUUCAUACUUUAUCCGGUCAGUUUGCUAUGAAGGAUCUUGGUGAUCUUCAUUAUUUCUUGGGUAUUCAGGCUAGUCGUACCUCUGCUGGUCUCUUUCUCUCUCAGCAAAAAUAUACUACUGAUCUUCUACACCGCUUUCAUCUCCAUACAGUUAAACCAGUACGUACUCCUCUUCCGUCCCGCACCACUUUAUCUCUCACUGAUGGAGAUCUUCUUAGUGAUGGUACUGAGUAUCGCAGCAUGGUAGGUGCAUUGCAGUAUUUGACUAUUACCCGACCGGAUAUUACUUAUGCCGUUCACCUUGUUUCCCAGUUUAUGCAUGCUCCACGUACUACUCAUCUUGCUGCUGUCAAAAGAAUUUACAGGUAUUUACAGGGUACUUCUUCGCAUGGCCUAUGGUUACGCUCGGGUCAAAGUAUAUCUGUGGUCGUUGCUUAUUCUGAUGCGGAUUGGGCAGGAUGCCCAGAUAGUUGCCGCUCUACUACAGGUUAUGCUAUUUUUCUUGGUGAUAAUCUUGUUUCCUGGCGUUCCAAGAAGCAACCUACGGUUUCCAAGUCAUCUACUGAGGCUGAGUAUCGGGCUGUGGCUUACACCGUCCAAGACACCCUGUUUAUCCGAUCCCUGCUGUACGACAUGGGGAUUAUUUUACCAAAUCCUGUAAAAUUAUUUUGUGACAAUGUUUCAGCAUCUUAUCUUGCAGUCAAUCCUAUUCAGCAUGAUCGCAGCAAGCAUAUCAAGAUAGACUACCAUUUUGUUCGUGAACGUGUUGCCCAUGGGGAUCUGACAGUCAAAUACAUUCCUACUCAAUUUCAGCUAGCGGACAUAUUUACCAAAAAUUUGUCUAGUCAGCGUUUUGAAUUUUUACGUUCCAAUCUGCACGUUAUUUCCCCCGCACAGAUUGAGGGGGUGUAAUAGCGGACAUAGUUAGGCCCAUUUGUAUUAAACCUUAUUAUAUUAUUAG